AUGCUGGGGCUGUCACAGCGGCCAUGGCCGAUCCUUGGCUGCUCAUUGGCUGCAUGUUUAUUGAUCGGUUUGGUAUACUCUCUCCAGUCACCUAUUUUUCUCGUACCCUUGAUUUUACCUGGGCGACAUCAUCAAAAUAUUCAGAAAGAAGAGGACAUCACUGCUCGACCGCGAAUAGAGCUUCACCCGGAGGAUCAUGUGUACCGGGCGCCGACCACUCAAUAUUUGGAUUGGCGUGUGACCUCGGAAUCUCGCAGACCAGAUGGUGUAUUAAAGCGGAUCUAUCUCAUUAACGGCCUGUUCCCUGGACCGACGGUGGAGGUCCGCUCUGGUGACACCUUAAUCAUUACUGUUACCAACGCCUUGCCUGAUGAGUUGAUUACUAUCCAUUGGCAUGGCCUUCAUGUGGCUAAUGCCAUGGAUGGUGCAGUGGGGAUUUCACAGUGUCCCGUGGCUUCUGGGGCACAUUUUGUUUACAAUUUGACAAUUCCGUCCGACCAGAGUGGUACUUUUUGGUACCAUGCCCAUUCGGGGGUCUCGCAGGCGGAUGGCCUUUAUGGUGGGCUAGUCGUCCAUGCACCAGCUUCCAAGUCGACCCCUCGGGGCUUAGUACCCCGGAGGCGCGAUGAUCUCCACCGUUACACUUAUGACGGAGAACUUUUGCUUCUCAUCGGGGACUGGUACCAUCGCCCUGCGGGUGAUGUUCUUGCAUGGUAUAUGGACCCAGGGAAUUUUGGAAAUGAGCCUGUUCCUGAUUCCAUGCUCAUUAAUGGAGUUGGGUAUUUUGACUGCAUGAUGGCGGUGCCUGCUAGGCCGGUGGACUGCAUUGAUCAGCCGGUGAAUAAUUCAUUUAUCGAACUCGAUCCUCACGAGAUAUAUCGAAUUCGCGUGGUCAACACCGGAGCUCUAGCCGGGCUGAGUCUCGUUUUCGACAACCAUCUCCUGGACCUGCUUCAGGUAGAUAGUGUCGAUGUGGCACGCUCCAACGAGACAAAUAUAAAUUCCAUCGAUCAAGAUUCCUUCAAGUACGCCAACCCCGCAUUAACGCCAGAUCAAACCUUCCCCAUCACCUACCGUUCCGAUGCCCUCCAGGGGCCUCCACUCAAGGCCCACCAUCUCAAUAUCGGAGAAACACCAUCUGCCCCCUCUAUUCUCCGUUCCAUUCCUCCCACCGCGCAACAAACGCAUGUGGUGUACACCAAGAUCCAAAAGAUGGCCCGAUAUUCCAACAAGCCAUUUGGUUACUUCAAUCAAACUACCUGGAAGCCCCAGCAAGAUCCACCCGUUCCAUUGGCCUCCAUACCACGAGCUAAAUGGGACCCAAACCAAUUCGCAAUAACCACGGGGCCGGAGCCUGUAUGGAUAGACCUGGUAAUCAACAAUCUAGAUGAAGGGUCCCAUCCCUUCCACCUGCACGGGCACCACUUCUACAUACUCGCAGUUUACCAAGCCGAAUUUGGCUGGGGCUCUUACAAUCCCUUUGUCGAUAAAAUCCCACCGCACCUAGAAUCUGACUCAGAUACGUUGGAAAAUGACACAGAUGACGCGCAGAACCCAAACACUGGUUAUAAUUCCGGUCUAUACAACACAUCCCGGGCUGCUUUGCGUGACACAGUCCAGAUCCCAAGUCGCGGGUAUGCUGUUCUCCGUUUCCGAGCGGAUAACCCCGGCGUUUGGCUUUUUCAUUGCCAUAUGCUCUGGCAUUCGGCGACGGGUAUGGCCAUGCUGAUUGAUGUGCAGGGCGACCCGGCGGGAUUGGCUGCGCAUGCUGGCAGCGGAGAAUUAUGUCCUGCUUUUUGA